GCGUACACCUUCACCCUGAAUUUUCAGCCGGGCGUGGUCGAGAAUGCUGACAACACGAAGGCCGACGCCAACAACAGUGGCCUUCACAGUAUCCACAGCGUCACCCAAGAACACAGUGGCAGCGAUCGCACCAAGCUACUUUUUCAUCGCUCUGCGUAUCCUGCUCGGUCUGUAUGUCUGCACGGCAUUGCUAUUCGAGGGUGCAGCAGCUUUCCCUGGAUUCGUCGUCGUCCGAAUUGCAGCGACAUUUUGUCAAGAAUCUUUUGGAUUGUCCAACGGCUAUCAGAUAGCGCAGCAACUUUCCAACAAUUUGCAUGUCGCAUGGCGAUUGGUGCUCUGCGCUGGCCUGGGCUGGAUUGUCUUACGACGUGGUUAUACUGAGGAAUCACUACUGGUCGUGCGAGGACUCGGUGUCCAAACGAGCUCUACUGGUUCGACGUGGUUGGCAACAACUUCCACUCGAUUUAUUCCCACCAGUGCAAUUCAAGACAUAUUGAUUCACGAAGCCUUCAAGGGCUUCGAGGUACGAUUUUAUAUGGCCAUUGUGGUCGCUGGUGGCGAAGAUGCCGUUGUCGUGUUCCCUGUAAGCUCUCAAGUCACGUUGCUUGCGAAAGGAGCAUACUGAUCACAUAACGGCGCAGAAAAUCAUGCCAGGACGCGAAGUCUUGGAAAAGGUGUGGAGAGGAGCGA